AUGGUUUUGGGUAUCGAUAAACGUUACGUCUGGGGAGUGCUUCCCUUCAUUGGUUUUGCCAUUGGUCAUUUCUUAGACAAAAAGGAAACUGAACGCAUGACCAUGUUCAGAGACAAAAGUGUCCUGUACGGUCGACCAGGUGGAAGGGCGCAGCCAACUUGGUAAACGAUUAUAAUCUUAUAAUUUCAUUAUUAUAAUAAUACAAUUUCAAAAUAAUGAAACCUUCGAAAUAAAAAUAAACUUCGCUUAAA